AUCACGUAACGCUCCUUCCACUACCGCUCCUACAGUAAAUAUUUGUGUUUGCUCAACCGGCUGUAAUGGUGGACGACUGAGGCAGAGAAACGGAAUACUACUAGAGUGAAGAAAGAGAGGAAAAACGUUUGUUUUUAACAGCCAGUCGCCGCGAGUAGGACACGGGCUUCGUCGAAAAUGGAUGAACUCAAACAUCAAGUCAUGAUUAACCAGUUCGUCCUGACGGCGGGUUGUGCGGCAGACCAAGCGAAGCAGCUUUUGCAAGCGGCACAUUGGCAGUUCGAGACUGCCCUCAGUGCCUUUUUUCAAGAAACAAAUAUUCCGUACGGCCAUCAUCAUCAAAUGAUGUGCACCCCAGCCAACACGCCAGCGACGCCCCCCAACUUCCCCGACGCGUUGACCAUGUUCUCCAGGCUGAAGGCGUCCGAGAGCUUCAACAGCGGCAGCGGCGGCAGUCCCAUGGCCGCCUCCAUGGCCACUUCCCCCCCCCAGGUCGGCGGCUGGGGGGUCUCACCAAACGUACCUAAUGUGCCGCAACCUCCACAUGGACUCUGGACUCAGGGGCAGCCCCCGACGCAGCCCUGCCCCGCCUGGCCCACGGGCGUGAACCCCCACGCAGGUGCUGAGCAGAAGGCUAGCGUAGUGAUGGAGGCAGAGAGAUGAAGGGCAGCACGGGACUGAAAAGCCCUCGUUUCCACCCCAGGGAGGGUGGAUAAAUGCGGGGAGGGUGGGAGAUGAUAAUGGGUAGAAAUGGGUUUUGGUCUUUUUUUUUUUUUUCCAAAAUACGGAUGGAUAUGGAAAUAGACGAAAGCUACGCAAAGAAACCAAGAAAAACUCAACGUGGACAAUUUUAAGAAGAGGAGAAAACCAAUGCAAAUGUCAAUACAAAAAUAGAAGAAGAAAAAAAGAUGCGCACACACAUAGUAAUAAGAGAGCAACUGAAAUCUUUGUUAGUUUUUCCUAAGUAAAUGCUUAGAAAAGAAAAAUAUUAUAGAACUAAAAAAAAAAAAAAAAAACUUUUUUUGUUAUAUAUAUAUUUUUUUUUUAAUUGUCACGCCCAAGGAUUGAAUGUGAUGUUCAAGGACAUUCAAGGCAGCAAACCUUAAUUUUUCAUUUGUUUUUUCUUUUCUUUCAGCCAGUGUUUUUUGCCACUGGCGUUCUGUGUUUCUGCAACUGUCUGUGCUGCAUGAGGAGGGAGGAACUUUCAACGCAGUGUUUGAGACAGACUCCAAAAUCGACACGCACUUGUGUGUGAGUGUGUACGCAUGUGAGCGGUUGGUCAGUGUGUAAUCCAAAAUGUAUACAGACACAUAAAUAUAUAUUCACACACACAAACAAAUACACACACACACACAUUAGCGUUUAGAGGAAACACCUCCAUACUGUCAUCCCCAUCGUUAAAGGUGGGACUUUUCUUACCUCACCUGGUGGUCACCUGACUUCUUUCAGCUAAUCAGGGAUUCUUCUUAAACCAACCGUUGCCGCCACAGGACAUGUUUCUAAAGGUUUUUUCUUAAAGGCAGCAGCCACUCUGGUUUAUGCUAACUGAUCCUUGCUGCGAUGGCUUUUCCUGACAGUUUUAAACCUGGACUCAGACAAACAUCUGUCCACUGUAUCCUUUUUUUUUCUCUGGAGAUUUGGGUUAUUACAAGUAAAAUGAGAAAUCAUUAAUAUAAUAUUGUUUAUAAUGCUAAUUGUUCUGUUUUUGUUGAAAGGUUAAAGGAGGGGCCUUUGAAAAUGGGUGGGACUUCAGGUUGAUCUUUUUUUCUUUUUCUUUUAUUUUUUUUAAAGCGAAUCAAACGCAGUUAAAAUGGCUACAGAUAUAAAAGACAAACUCGACUACUAUACAUCUUUGUAAACAGAAUUGCCACUUUGCAUGAACGUGUUCAUAACGUGCAACAUCUUCUGUAGCAAACGCACAUGGGGUCGAGACAUGUUUAAUGGGAGGGGGGUGGAGUAAAAGAUGUGGGUGGGGUGGUGGGUCUCAUCCCCAAUAGAGAUGCAAUAGAUGAGUGUUUCUCUACAAAGACUCAAAUCAGCAGUGUCUCAAUGUAAAAGCAAAAUUGGACAUAUAAUAAUAAUAGUGUCUUGUUAGAUAUGAGAAACAAUGAGAAGAAAAUGGGUGUGGGGCAGCUUCGGGAAGCCCACCACAGACUAUUUGGGAACACUACAGCCUACUUUCAGAUAUACAGUAUGUGUGUGUGUGUGUAUAUAUAUAUAUAUAUAUAUAUAUAUAUAUAUAUAUAUAUAUAUAUAUAUAUAUAUAUAUAUAUAUAUAUUCUCAGACACUGUACUACAGAGGAUGUUUUUACAACAUUUAGGUCUCUUAUUUUUGACCGGUCCAUUGAUACUGAGGGACAAUUCAGGGAUGGCCCUGACAUAUGGCAAUAUUUUAAAUACAGGGUCUACCCCUUUUUUAGGUUUCUCCUGUUUGGAUUAUUUUUUUCAUUCGAUAUAAGAAGAGAGAAGAGAUAUUUUGAAUAGCUGAGGGUUUGUUUUUUUUAAAGAGAAAAAAGAAAUGGGAAAUUAUGAAUAUAUUGAUGAAUAAAUAAGCAACUUCCUUUUUUAUUAUUAUUUAGACUAAACUAAUGUUUGAGUUCAUCCUUUUCCAUGCUUCAUACUUUAUUUGGUUAAAUCAGAGCGUUUCUGGGUGGGCCUGCUCCUAAAUGGUUUCUCAUGUAUGUUUCCCCACUUGUAUGAGACCAUUCCCACAAUAUUUGUGGACUACCUGAUAAUUAACUUAUCAUUUUUGUGAACCUAAAUAAAUAUUGUAUGUCAACCUAA